UUUUCGUUUUAUAUAUUCGUUUUAUUUACAUAUUUUUGCACCCGACCAUUGCGUAAUCGUUAUUUUGAUAAGAUAAGUACUGUUUGUUAACGUUUAAGAGUAAACAAUUUCGUUCACAUCCAAUUCGGUCAAGCUAGGACGACAUUAUUAUUCGAAAUGAAUUUCGCCGGAAAAGUCGUCAUCGUGACCGGCGCUAGCUCCGGAAUCGGUGCCGCCACAGCCGUAUUUCUAUCGAGACUAGGCGCUAAACUAUCCCUAAUCGGAAGGAACGUGGAGAAUUUGCAGAAGGUGAACAAGGACUGCGAGAAAUCGACCUCGACUUUCACCAUCACUGCCGACCUUACCAAGGAGGGCGAUAUAGAGAAUAUAGUGAAGAGUACCGUCGACCACUACGGCCAGAUCGACGUGCUCGUGAACAAUGCCGGGAUCAUCGAGACCGGAUCGAUCGAGAACACGUCGCUCGCACAAUACGACAGGCUAAUGAACACAAACGUUCGAUCUAUUUACCAUUUGACCAUGAUGGCCGUCCCGCACCUUUUGAAAAGUAAAGGCAACAUCGUGAAUGUCUCCAGUGUGAACGGUAUUCGAUCUUUCCCUGGAGUACUAGCCUACAACGUGUCGAAGGCGGCGGUGGAUCAGUUCACGAGAUGUGUAGCUCUGGAGCUGGCCCCCAAAGGUGUGAGGGUCAACUGUGUAAAUCCUGGAGUGAUUCUCACGGAGUUGCAGAAGCGAGGUGGACUAAAUGAUGAGCAGUAUCAGGCAUUCUUGGAGAGGUCCAAGCAAACUCAUGCUCUGGGCCGUCCGGGCAAACCUGAGGAGGUGGCAGCGACCAUUGCUUUCUUGGCAAGUGACCUCGCCAGUAACAUCACUGGAGCCAGCGUGCCGGUAGACGGUGGUCGCCAUGCCAUGUGUCCCCGUUAAUUUUAUCCAUGAAUCAAAACUGGUGCUAUAUUCUUACAGAGCAUUUAUUUUUAUAUAAAGUGUUUACCUUAAGUCACAAUUGUUAAUGUUUUUUAAACAAUUUUUUUAAAGAAAUAAAGUUUGUUGUAUUUGA